AACACAUUUCAAUCAUGGCUUCCAAUAUUUCUCUUCUUUUGUUGUUCUCCUAUUUUACAACAAUCCUUCAUUUUAUUAUUUUCACAUUUGCUCAAUCUGAUAAUUACAUCAUUCACAUGGAUUUAUCAGCUAUGCCUAAAGCAUUCUCAGAUCAACAUAGUUGGUAUCAUUCUACUCUUUCUCAAGUUACUACUACUAACAGUAAUCUCAAUUCUCCUUCUUCUAAAAUGAUUUAUACAUACAGUAAUGUUAUGAAUGGUUUUAGUGCUAAUCUAUCCCCUCAAGAUCAUGAAUCUCUUAAAAACUCUCCUGGUUAUGUUUCUUCUAUACCUGAUUUACCCUUGAAACUUCACACAACACACACACCUCAGUUCCUUGGCCUUAAUCCUAACAAAGGAGCAUGGCCAGCUUCUGAGUAUGGUAAAGAUGUUAUUGUUGGUUUAAUAGACACAGGUGUUUGGCCAGAAAGUGAAAGUCUCAAAGAUGAUGGAAUGACUGAAAUACCCUCAAAAUGGAAAGGGAAAUUAUGUCAAUUUGAUAAUUCCGACCAUUCAUCUUUGUGCAACAAGAAACUCAUUGGAGCUAGAUACUUCAACAAAGGGUUGUUAGCGAAAUAUUCCCAUCUUAGUACAACCAUUUUGGGUGGCUCACGUGACACAGUAGGUCAUGGAACGCAUACUUCAACAACGGCAGCUGGAAGAAAAGUGGAUGGUGCAUCUUUCUUUGGUUAUGCGAAUGGAACAGCAAGAGGAAUAGCUUCAAUGUCGAGAGUAGCCAUGUACAAAACUACAGGGCCAGAUGGAAGAGCAGUACCGUCUGAUAUAUUGGCAGCAAUUGAUGCUGCAAUAUCAGACGGUGUCGAUGUUCUUUCAAUAUCAAUGGGCGGCGUAGAAACGCCUUUCUAUUCUGAUACUAUUGCAAUAGCAACAUUUGCAGCCAUGGAAAAAGGUAUUUUUGUUUCUGUAUCAGCAGGUAAUCAAGGACCGUACUUUCGAAGUAUUCAGAAUGGAGCACCUUGGGUGACAUCUGUUGCUGCUGGUACUUUGGAUCGUGAACUUCAGGGAGUUCUUACACUUGGUAAUGGAGUCUCAGUCACUGGUUUGUCUUUGUAUCCCGGAAACUUUACUGCUACCAAUUCUCCAAUUGUUUUCAUGGGUUCGUGUGAGGAUAUUACAGAAUUAAACAAAGUGAAGAACAAUAUUGUAGUUUGUGAAGAUAAGAAUGGAACUCUUCUUAGUUAUCAAAUUUUUAAUAUGGUUAGAGCAGAAGUUGCUGCAGGUGUUUUCAUAACAAAUAUCCCACGCCUAGAUGAUUCAGACAAUAGAAUUCCAUCUAUCAUUACUAAUCUAGUAAAUGGAAAAAUUGUACAAUCUUACCUAAAGAGUCAUAGCUCGAAAAACUCUAGCUCUAUAGCAAGCAUCUCUUUCAAGGCAACCGGUCUUGGUGUUAAACCAGCACCAAGUGUUGAUUCUUAUAGUUCAAGAGGGCCUUCAGAGAGUUGUCCAUAUGUGUUGAAACCGGAUAUCACUGCUCCGGGCAGUCAUAUCUUAGCGUCAUGGCCCUUAAAUAUCCCUGUGGGCGAUUUUGAGGAUCGUGAUCUCUUCAACAAGUUUAAUAUUAAAAGUGGAACAUCUAUGGCAUGUCCUCAUGUUGCUGGUGUAGGAGCACUUUUAAAAGGAGCACAUGAUGAUUGGAGUCCGGCGGCUAUUCGGUCGGCAAUUAUGACGACGUCGUACAUUUUGGAUAAUACUAAGGAGCCAAUCAAAGACAUUGGAAAUGAUAACAAAGUAGCAUCUCCAUUAGUGUUGGGGGCCGGUCAUGUUGAUCCUAAUAGAGCACUUGAUCCUGGUCUUGUUUAUGAUGUUGGUGUUCAAGAUUAUGUUAAUCUUCUUUGUGCACUUAACUACACUCAGAAAAACAUUGCUGUCAUUACAAGAUCCACUUCUAAUAAUUGCUCUAAACCUUCAUUGGAUCUCAACUACCCUUCUUUUAUUGCUCUCAGCGAUAGUAGAAAUUCUUCUUCAAGGAUAAUACAACAGUUUUACAGAACAGUUACCAAUGUUGGUGAAGGACAAACAACUUACGUUGCUAACAUUACACCAAUGAAAGGGUUCAACGUAAGUGUUAUUCCAAAUAAGUUGGUAUUCAAUAAGAAGAAUGAGAAGAUAAGCUUUAAGUUGAAGAUUGAAGGCUCAAUAACACAAACUGAUGAUGAUGAAGAAGUAGUUUUUGGGUACCUCACUUGGGAGGAUGGGAAGCAUGUGGUGAGAAGCCCUAUAGUGGUAAGGUAACUAAACCAAAGUUCAGUUGGUAGAUCAUUAUAUCAAAUCAAAACUAAUAAAACAAUACAAUGAUAUUUAUGACUCUCAUCACUUUAAACUUUCAGGUUCUUAAUGUUUUCUUUUUACAUUUAAAACUUCAAGUAUUGUUGUACUAUCUUUAUAUUUCUCUAAGAACAAAAUCAUGUAAUCAACCAUUCACUAUUUUUUAAGAAAUAUAGUGCAUUCAUAUGCGAAUCAAUUCCAGGCCAAUUUAAUCAUUGAUUCCAUAAUUAAAAUUUA